CAUGAAAUUAUCAAAACUCAAACAAUAUAAUGUAUAAUCUUCCCAUUGCUAACACUUUCAAAUUUCGAACAAAUAUAGAGAAAAAUGGACAAAAAACAAACCUCUCUUUCCAUUUCUCAUGCAAACCCUAAUUUCGUUGACAUUCACGAAGUAGUUCCGGAAGAGGAGGAGAAAGAAGAAGAAGAACACGCUCGGCCAACAAUGAUGACAUCUGCAUUGGCCGAUGCGGUUGGGAAGCGGCCUAAGAAACAUAACAAUAAUAAUCGACUACGACCGCCGCCGCCACAAGCGGGGGGUUUCGGUCGACAAAUGUCGUUAGAGACGGGUCUGAGUAGGGAUUCAAAAGGGAAGGGUAUUGAAAGAAUGGCUCUUCCAAGGAGUGGAAGAAGUUUCGGAGGGUUUGAUUCAACAAUUAUUGAAGGCAAGAAAGCAGAUUUUAGUAUCUUUAGAACAAAAUCAACUCUUAGUAAGCAAAAUUCUCUAUUGCCAUUGAAGAAAGAUCAUAGAGAUCAUCAUCAUCAAAUGGAUCAAUCUCAAAAAACUUAUGGAAGCUCCGAAGGAAUGGAUGAAUCUGUGAAUAAAAGUGUUCCUGUUGGAAGAUACUUUGCUGCUCUUAGAGGACCUGAACUUGAUCAAGUCAAGGACUACGAAGACAUUCUACUCCCAAAAGACGAAAAAUGGCCUUUCCUUCUUCGGUUCCCGAUCGGAUGCUAUGGUAUUUGCCUCGGCCUCAGCAGCCAGGCCGUGCUAUGGCGGGCUUUGGCGACGAGCCCCGCCACCAAGUUCCUUCACAUUUCCCCAUUCAUCAACCUCGCCAUUUGGCUCCUAGCCACGGCUGCCCUUUGUUCUGUUACAGUGGCUUACAUUCUCAAGUGCAUCUUCUAUUUUGAAGCUGUUAGGAGAGAGUACUUCCAUCCUGUUCGUGUCAACUUCUUCUUUGCCCCUUGGGUCGUCUGCAUGUUCCUUGCCAUCAGCGUCCCGCCGCGGUUCAUGUCGGGGCCGCUUCACCCAGCUGUUUGGUGUGCCUUCAUGGGCCCAUACUUCUUGCUCGAGCUCAAGAUUUACGGGCAAUGGUUGUCCGGAGGGAAGCGACGCCUCUGUAAGGUGGUGAAUCCGUCGUCGCACUUGUCAGUGGUCGGGAACUUCGUCGGAGCAAUACUAGCAGCAAAAUGUGGGUGGAUGGAGGCAGCAAAGUUCUUAUGGUCAGUUGGGUUUGCACAUUAUUUGGUAGUGUUUGUGACACUUUAUCAAAGACUGCCGACGAGUGAGGCACUGCCGAAGGAGCUGCACCCUGUUUACUCAAUGUUCAUCGCUGCUCCUUCUGCAGCCAGCAUUGCUUGGCAGACCAUUUAUGAUGACUUUGAUGGCUUGUCAAGAACUUGCUUCUUCAUUGCUUUGUUUCUCUACAUUUCUCUUGUUGUUAGGAUCAACUUCUUCACUGGAUUCAGAUUUUCAGUCGCUUGGUGGUCUUACACAUUUCCAAUGACAACUGCUUCAGUGGCAACCAUAAAGUAUGCAGAGCAUGUCCCUACAGUUGUAAGUAAAGGUCUGGCACUUACCCUUUCUUUCAUGUCCUCUACCAUGGUGUCUCUUCUCUUUGUCUCCACUCUUCUUCAUGCUUUUGUUUGGAAGACUCUGUUCCCCAAUGACCUGGCCAUUGCUAUCACAAAGAAGAGACUUAUCAAGGAUAGAAGACCAUUCAAAAAGGCCUAUGAUCUCAAACGCUGGACAAAGCAAGCUCUUACCAAACACAACAACAAUAAGGAUGAUUUUGAUGCACAGGAUGAGGCAUUUUGAAGCUUCCAAUGCAAAAUAUGCCUCAACCAACAAGUUCACUAAUAUUUAUAUAUAUAUAUGGUCUCAGGUACCAUUAUUAUUUUGACAUUGAGACUUGAUUCACAGCAGUGUUUCCAUAAUAUUGAAGCUAUGAGUUUAGUACAUAUAUAAUGAAGCCUCAGUUCAAGACUUCCUUCUACCUCAGAUUUUUCCAUUUGAUGGUUUGAAGAGUCUAGCAAGUUUUAAACAUGAGGAUGUAACUGUGAAGAUGAAGCUGUGUAUCUAUAUUUUUUCGAGUAGCGAAUAAUACAUUUACGUCAGGGAUAAAAAGAAGCUGGAAAGGGGGGAAUGAGGGCUAUACAUUAUCCGGCAAACUUGCAUGCUUUUAUUUGGAUUUGGAUACAAGUUGGGGGAACACAAGGACUUGGUUAGAUAAAUCUAGAGGCAACUUUUCUGUACUAUAUGGACUUCAAUUGAUUUCUAUGAUGAAAAAAUAGCUCGAGAAACUUUUCUGUA